AGCAAAAAUUCGUGCCCCACAUGCUCUGGUGAUGACUUUCCUGUUCAAGAGUGGAAGUUUAAGAGAGAAAUUGAAAUCGAUUGCUCAGGCUACGUACACUCAUUCCCGGAACUUGGCGUAUUUUGUGUCCACCUACAAGGGGCUGAUGGCGUUGCAGUCCCGACUACAGGGGAAAAAAAUUCCAUUUCAUUCUUUCUUUGCAGCCUGCAUUGGAGGUUGGCUAGUGUUCGGUGAGAACAAUCCCAUCAACAGCCAGAUCAUUAUGUACCUGCUGUCUCGUAUCCUGUUUGGCUUGUCUCGGCUGGCAGUGGAAAAGGGCUAUGUCCCACAGCCAAAGCAGGAUCCCUUUCCACUUGUCGCUGCUCUGAUAUGGGGGACAGUUCUCUGGCUCUUUGAAUACCACCGGCAAACUCUGCAGCCUUCUCUGCAGUCCUCCAUGACCUACCUGUAUGAUGAUAGUAAUGUAUGGCAUGACAUUUCUGACUUUCUGGUUUAUAACAAAAGGACAGACAGCAAGUAGGUGGUUCAUUGUAAAACACCUUUAAAUGGGACGGUGCCUUCCAGCAGCUAAGGGAAAAGGUUAUUCUGUUGCUCUUGACUGGUGAUUUUUUUUAAAUUAACAUCUAUCAAGCACAGUUGCUUCUUGUGUCCUGGCCAAAAUGUUCUGAUUAGUCUUCUCUUGGCUCUGUUUAGAGCGAGUAAAUACCACACAGAAACUUGUUGCAGUCCUCAAUGAGAGUAAAAUGCCUUGGGAAUCUUGAGUUAAAACCAGUCUUUUUUAGAAGAGGCCUUAUUUUCCCUACAAGUAUGUGGUUUUAUUUUUUAAAGAAGCUAAAUAUACUUACAAAAUGACAGCCUGACAGUAAGUGGGGAGUAUGUCUAGUCAUGAAAAAAAUGUUCUAGGGAUUGUCUGAAUGCUCACAAGACAGAAGCGUUUUUCUGUGCUGCCGUGCUCACCGUAGUGUGAUGGGAGUGGGGGACCUGCUCAGGUCUGAAAGCAGGGACGUAAUUGCUUGAUUUCUGUGGACGACUGGAAAUCUUGUUUAAACUAUUACAAGGACAGUUGUGUGCUCCUUAAGAGAGUUUCUCUGCAGUUUUCCCUCAGGAGGACAAUAAGGUGUUUGAGAAUAAAACUGUUAAAGAUUGUCUGGUACAAGCCUCGUACAUCAGGCUCAGAAGGACUAUUUUUGCUCGGUUUCUUUCAUGCACUUGGGCUGAAUCUGUCCCUCUGCGGAGUGCCCUAAUUAAUACACUGUAAUUAUUUUAAACUCAAUUUGUAAAGUUUUUAAAAGCUGCUUGAACUAAAUACCAAAAACAGUUACGCAACUUAGACUGCUUUGAAAACAGGCUGAGGCGCAUCGCACGCCCUCAGCUAUCACACUGGGUACUUUACACGUAGAAGCAAACAACACUUUUAACAAGCACUUUUAUUUUGGUGGAGGAUAAGCGCAUGGGUUUCUCUUAGGUCCAGAAUCUACCCUCCUCAGCAGUGGCAUGUGUUAGCUGUAAUCAAACUUGAAUGUACCUGUAGUUUGUGCAGGCUUGUUGCUGAGCCAGGUUGAGGCCACGGAUGAAUGUACAAGUGAAUCUUCCUCUUAAAAAUACACAGCUGAGCCCCAGGAAUAGUGCAGCACCCACCGGGCUUUAGCAGAAGAUUGACUAGAUAGCUGAGAAAAAGCAGGUUUUGUUCUAAAAUUAAUAAAAUCGAACUGUUAAUACUACAAAGCACUUACACUGCCGUAUAACACUAUACCAUUCACUUAAUGAUGUUCGUGAAAAUAAUUCCCGACGCACUGGUUUUAUGUGGUGAUAUCGCAAGAGAGUCAUUAAGUUCCCUUUUGUCUCAAUCAGGACUAUUUUAUUUGCCCCUUUUAUACCUCUCGUUUGAAAAAGAUUAGUUCUCCCUGUACCCAUCCGCUUUUCCAUCCUGACCUGACCUUGCCAUUUCAUAGUCCCGCUGAUGCUGUUCUUCAUCGUCUUUUGCAGUCUCUUUACACUCCAGGCUCUAGCAGUUUGUCGUAUUUAAUGGUAUGACCGAAACAGUACAUUUAAGUUCAGGUAGCUUCUGAGUAGAAAAAAAUUCUCGAUUUCUUCUUAAGUCAUUUUUCCUUGUCCUCCUAAGCUCUUCUGUUACUAUUAUGCAUCUUCUGAGUGCUGCUUUGCGCUUGGUUUUUCCACUCUGUCAGCAAGACGGAGAGUUAAAUGUUCCCCUCCCCAUAGUCUGGUGCUGUGAUGUUUGGGAUUGAAUCAUGUCCUGAGUGUCUCAGGUCGAGUAGGACUAGAGUCUUCUGGCUCGAACUGAAUCUAAUGCUGAAUCUAACUACAUUCACUGUGAGAUCUUACAGUGUAGAGGCAGAAGCUUCUUUGUGCUCAUCCCAUGCAAACCCAUGACGUACUCACCUUUGGUGCCCAAAAGACAAGAUACUGCUUUGCCGUAAUAACUGUCCGACGUACCUUCAGCUUUUAACAUCACCUCCUAGUAUGGUCUGUACUGGAUACUUGAAUUUGAACACCAAUAAGUAUUCAAUCAGAUAGACCCCAGGAAAGCUAUAGAAGUUAGGAAUUGGUUUUGUUUCUUUGUAGUUAAAUAUUUUGUUUGUUGUAGAUAAGCUUAAAGAUUCAAGUACAGAAAAAAUACUGAAGCUACAGGUGAGGUCUGAUUUCUUCAUAAACAUCGUGUCUUUAUUUGCACCACUGCUGGAUAUUUGAAGCAGCACGAGUGCAGCUCUCUAUUUUGAUGUCAGAAGCCUCAAUAUUGUUCCAAAUAAGAAUGUUAAUUUUCUGCUAAUAUUGCUGAAUUCCUACAAGCUUUGAUGGGAUUUCAGAAAGCCCUUCCAGAAUCUGGCAGCCAUGGCUUGAAAAUUUCUCCCUAGAACUAUUAGACUUGCAAAUCCUUGACGGUGUAUAAUUAUUGUAGCAAAAGGUGGUGCAGGCUGGUUAUGUGAGCCGUGUGUCUGUAAGAAGUUUUUAAGCUUUUUAAUUUAUAGCUGGCAUUCCUUUCUCUGAGAAAGGCUUGUGUUUCCCUUAGAGGCGAAAUCAUUUUCUUCCACUAGUAGUUCUGCCACUGCAACCAUAUGGCUGCUUGUGAAGCACCUCUCUGGCCAUGUGAAGGACAAGUGACCUGUCCUGUCCUUUUCACGCUACCGUAGUAUCUCUGUCCUCUCUGGAUGGCAAAAACAAGCCAAUAGCAAGUUUCUAGUAUCAACCUGGCAGCAGCGGCCAUCAGUCGUCCUUGGUUCAAAACGCCCUUUUUCUCUUGGGAAUCUAUCACCAACCUCACUUGCAAAGCAAAUUGUGCCCGAGCCUCAAACCAUCUGUACUUCUGAUCCAGGAACCAGCUGCCGUCUCUGGAAGACAAACUGCAGCUCAUCCCAGGAGCGGGUCCCGUAGAGCAGCAGCCAUUAGCCGGGCGUUUGCGGACGGUUGGUUUUCCUGCUGCGCUGGGGCAGGACGUUAAGCUGCAAGUCACUUCUUUCCCCAGGGAAGUAAUUGGAGCAGUUCUUUAACGGCAUUAGUCCGCAUUGCUGUUUCUGUGACCAGAUAGCUGGGGAUGAACCCCUUAUGCUACCGAGGUGUUGGAACAAUGCGGGCGUGUAGUAAGGAAGUGAACUAGAAGUAAUUUGUCUGAGUCAGACUUUUCGGAUACAUAAGUUACACUCCCUGCCCUCCCCCAGUGCAUUGUGUGGGGAAUUGAGUCCCUGUUUGUGUUCCUUUUUUAUUAGCAUUAAGACCAAAAGAAAUAAAGAGACAGUUGGGAAGCCACCUGCGAGUCGGCCAAAUGCUUAAGAAUCACAAAGAAGUCCCAUUUUCUCCGCCCAGCCCUGAUCGGUUUUGAAUUUUAAGAUGAACAUGGUUUUGUUUGUCUACAUCAGCUUUAUUUUACCGUGUCAUUUCUUCCUCGGCACCUGACUGUGAGAUGCUGAGUGCCUCUAAAGAGAAGCAGAAUGUCUCAAUGCUUAACUCGGUUUGUCAAAUAUUAGGAUUUCUGAAUAAAAUUGAAGCGUUCAUUUUAAAAUGAUGCUUCUCCUUCAGACUUUAAGCCUCUUUUAGUGGCAGUUUUAAAGGUUAACGAAUCAAACUGAUCAAAAGUUUUCAGCAAGCCUUGAAUAGCAGACUGACUGUACUGAGCUAUUAAUCAUUUAUUUUAUGAAGGAACAAAGCAAGCUCAGGGUUAUUUACUGCCGCUGCAUGCUGCCCUAGCAUACCCACCGUGCUUCGCUCCUCUUUGGAGGACAGCUUGUAUGCUAGUGCUGGCCGUCAGGAUUGCUGAAGAACCGUUUCCGGGACAAUUACAUUAUUUAACAAAGGUGAAAAUUAAAUGGGUGCAUGACAUUUGGUUUAGGUGAGGUUUUCUGUACUGUGUUUGAUCCUUUCAGUUAAGGGGAGGGUAUUUCUGAAAGAAAAACUUGUGCUUUUCCAGUUGGUGCCACAGAGAAGUGCUUACAGAGGCUGUGGCUGCUGUAAGGUGUGAACCUGUGUUCGCAGCGUGAUGGCGUGCUUUGUCCCGGUCACUGUCCGUGUGUCUGGGCGAUAACCACCCCUGCUCCAGACAGCUGGGUCAGGAGGGAGAGGCUGCAGACGAGCUUUGAUAUUGGUACUGCGAGACUUUCUUGCUCUAGUAGAGUAGUUCAAGCUCUGCUUUAAACCGAGCUGGGUGGGGGGGUAGAACUGCAGGAACGAUCUCUGGCUGCUGAAGUAGACCAAAACCGGGUGUCCAUGGGGACCCCCUGUGACGGCAGAGGGUCUCCUGUGCACGCUAAGCUCUGCAGCCAGUUGGGAGCAGUCAUGGAUGGCUGGUGCUGGUGGAGUAACCAGAACCCUGUGCAGAUACCCUCACACAGGAGAGACUGCUGUGACUCGAACUCAUUUCCGCUGCAUCAGCACAAACACGACCUUUGGAUAAUACCCCGAGCCGCAUGCUGUUUCCUCUUUGUCAGGUUGUGUCUGUCUCCCUGGAUCAUGCCAACCUGAGCAGAACGCGUUCCGUUUUCUGACGCUGGUUCUGAAACCCAGCAGAUAAGGGAGGAGAGAAAAUAAGGCAUAACACUAUCCAGCGUAAAGUCUGUCUGCCACUGUUAAUAUUUUAGGGGUGCUAAUCUUGAAUUUUCAACCUGUGUGUUCAUACCAGAUUGUUGGAGGAGGUAACUUUUUUCUCUUUACUUAGAAGAAUUUUCAUCUGUCUCAUUUCCUUAUGAGACGGGUGAUGAGGAGGGGGAAAAACAAAUUAAAUGCUCUAUAAUACAAGUAUUAUUACCUCUGCUUUUGGUAUAUAUUCUGUGUUCAUAAUUGCUGUGUAAUCCAGGCCCUGAUUUUCUGACAGUGUAGAAUAAAGUUAAGAACAUAAACUCAGGUAACUUGUAAUCACGCUGAUCGGAAUGCUUGUAGGAAUAUCUCAGGUUUUGGUUUUAAAACAUGCAAGAGAGGGGGUGGUGGGUUGUUGAAGUAGCUUUGUCCACUAUGAAUUGACUUCUUGUGCAGUCGGUGUAGUACAUCAGUCCAAGACUUUCUGCCAAAAGUAUUUGCAGAUUAUUUCUGUAUAAUCUCUCUUUGAAUAUUAUAAUACUGUGCUUUCUAUAAUAAUAAUAAACACCUAAAUUUUUGCCU